AUGGCCUCCACCCUCUCCAUGCGCAGCUACUCUGUGCGUCAGCCCUCCUUCUCCAGCAUGUCUGUGAGGGACGGCGGACGCAGCCUCCGACCCAAACCCUCCGUCUCUCAGCUGUCCACCGGCGCCACGCUGUCUCUGUCCCGCUCCUUCUCUGUGGGCAACGGCCUCAACAUGCUCGGCACCAGCCUGUCCUACAACGGCCUGGGCCUCGGCACCAGCGAGAAGGAGACCAUGCAGGGCCUGAACGACCGGCUGGCCAACUACCUGGACAAGGUCCGCUCGCUGGAGAGGUCCAACGCUGAGCUGGAGGUUCAGAUCAAGCAGCUCAUGCUGGAGAAAGCGCCCAAAGGACACGACAUCGAGGCCAUGAUGGCACAGGCCCACGCCAUCGGGCAGGAGGUGAGGAAGAAGACGCUGGAGAACGCCCGCAUCAUGCUGGAGAUUGAUAACGCCAAGCUGGCAGCCGAUGACUUCAGGGUCAAAUGGGAGGCGGAGGCCACCCUGUGCCAGUCGGUGGAGAGGGACUGCCAGGCUCUGAGGAGGGCCAAGUCGGACCACGACCAGAUCAUCGCCACUCUGAGAGGAGACCUGGACAGCCUGAAGGAGGAGCUCUACUUCCUCAAGAAGAAUCACGACGAGGAGAUGAGCUCCAUGAAGCUGCGCCUGGCCAACGAGCAGGUGAACGUGGAGGUGGAUGCAGCUCAGGGUCCUGAUCUGGGGGCCAUAUUGGCUGAGCUCAGGGUCCAGUACGAGGGCAUCGCUCGCAAGAACAAGGAGGAGGCCGAGGCCUGGUACCUCAAGAAGCUGGAGGCGGUGCAGUCGGAGGUGAAAGAAAGCAACGAGGCUUUACGCUGUGCCCAGAGUGAGCUCAGUGAGAGGCGGCGUUUCCUGCAGGCUCUGGAGGUCGAGCUCGACAGCCUUCGCAAACAGGUGGCCGUGCUGGAGGGGAACCUGGGAGAAACGGGUCACAAGUACUCUGUGGAGAUGGACCGCCUCCAGGCCACGCUGACGCAGCUGGAGGACGAGCUGUCUCAGCUGCGUUUGGACAUGCAGCGCAACAAGACCGACUACGAGCAGCUGCUGCGCAUCAAGCAGAACCUGGAGAUGGAGAUCGCCACCUACAGGAGGCUGCUGGAAGGAGAGGAAAUGGUGAAGGAAACACCUCCACCUCCCAAAAAAGACCCUGAAGUGAGGACCAGGAAGAUUGUAAAAGUCGUCACUCAGACCAUGAUUAACGGCAAAGUGGUGGACGAGUCCAGCGAGGUGGAGCAGAUCGAGGAGCGCAAAAAAUGAGCCCGAGUGUCGAGACGGAGCAGAAAUGUGUCCUCAAUCCAAAGUGCCUGCUGACUGGAUCAAAUUAGCUUCUUUCUUCUGUCGUCUUCAUGUUUUAACACCUCAGUCUCAAACUAUGAAUGUACCUGAAUGUUUGGUCUAAUUUGUACGUUCCUUCAUGGACCUGCUGCUUCUUAUUCCACCACAUCUUCAGGUUACGGUUUACCGCGAUCGGUUCUAAAACACGACGCGCUGUUCUGUCCGUUGUUCUGCUUUACAGUCUUUACCUGAACCUCGAAAGUCCUACUUUCUGAAAGGUUUCAACAUGUUUUUAAUGCAGAUGAAGUAUUUUCUGAUUCAAACUGAAGUAACCACAGCACCUUGGCACUGGUCCAGGUGUUAGCCGAGCUAAGCUAAGCUAACAGGCUAGUAGCUGAAGCUUCAUUUAGCUCCAUUUUUUCCCUUAAAUACUAGCCAAAAUCUAAAUGUGAUUAAACUGUGCCGUAGCUGACCAGACUGCUGAGGAGCGGUCGGUGGGCCUGCACACGCGUGAUCGAUUCACUGUAACAUACUAACAGGAAAUAAACCAAUGAACCAAAGCGUGUGUCAAUAAAA